AGAUUCCUAUUGGCAUCUCCAUCCGUCCUCGUCGGCAUCCCAGCCACACACACACACACACCGCACCUAGCCACCUACCCUGCUGUCCCCCGUGCCGUCGCCGAUGGAGUCCUUGGGCGUGCUGCUGCUCCACCCCUUCAACGCGUACCUGGAGCAGGAGCUGGACCGCCGCUUCCGCCUGUACCGCUUCUGGGAGACGCCCCGCGAGGAGUUCCUCCGCGCGCACGCGGGCGCCGUGCGCGCCGUCGUCGGCAACGCCAGCUACGGCGCCGACGCCGCGCUCAUCGACGCGCUCCCGGCGCUCGAGAUCGUUGCCUCCUUCUCCGUCGGCAUCGACCGCGUCGACCUCGCCAAGUGCCGCGACCGCGGGAUCCGGGUCACCAACACCCCCGACGUCCUCACCGACGACGUCGCCGACCUCGCCGUAGGGCUCGCCAUCGCCGUGCUCCGCAGGAUCCCGCAGGCCGACCGAUACGUCCGCGCGGGGCUCUGGAAGUCCAGGGGAGACUACACCCUAACCACGCGGUUCAGCGGCAAGCGGGUGGGCAUCAUCGGGCUGGGCAGGAUAGGGCAGGCGGUGGCGAAGCGAGUGGAGGCGUUCGACUGCCCGGUGAGCUACCACCAGCGGACGGAGCAGCGGGCGACGUACCCGAGCUACACCUACUACCCGUCGGUGGUGGAGCUGGCGGCGAACAGCGACGUGCUGGUGGUGGCGUGCCCGCUGAACGCGCAGACGCGCCACAUCGUGAGCCGCGAGGUGAUGGAAGCGCUAGGCCCCAGCGGCGUGCUGAUCAACGUCGGCCGUGGGCCACACGUGGACGAGCGCGAGAUGGUGGCGGCGCUGGCGGACGGGCGGCUCGGCGGCGCCGGGCUGGACGUGUUCGAGGACGAGCCUAACGUGCCCGAGGCGCUUCUGGGGAUGGACAACGUCGUGCUGCUGCCCCACGUCGGCAGCGGCACCAACGAGACGCGCAAGGCCAUGGCCGACCUCGUGCUCGGGAACCUGGAGGCGCACGUGCUCAGCAAGCCGCUGCUGACUCCGGUUGUCUGACGUUUCCUUGUUUCUAUUACGAAAUAACAAGCGCCUGCGCCUGACAGCGAGUGGGGAUUAAAUUCAAAAUGUUUUGUUUUGAUUUGAUCGCCGCUGGUGAAUGGAACUGAAAUGUGCUGUCAAUUCUCAGUCCAGUGCACACGACACGCUUGCAC